UUUACUGUUUGCACUCUUUAGAAUUGGUGGAGGGCAGAUACGUAGCCAAACCCAAACCACUUUUGUUCGUAAGUGGUGCAAUGCUCCCUAAAAUUAUGAUCUUAUUCUUCCUCCGAUAGUUAUUACUAUACCAGCAUUUAAGGCCAAUUUUCUUACAGACCGAACCAAGGAAAAGCCCCGACGGAGUCGAGUGAAGGCCCAAAACCAAACCCAUUCCUUUCUACCACGUCCGUGUUACCCUAACACUGACACAAAGUCAAGAGUAUAGGAAUGCUGCUGCUGCGUCCUCUAAAGACAAAAGAAAUAAAAAACCAAAUCAAGUCACCAUCUUAACCUCUACUAAAUCGAAGGAUUGGAUUUUGGAAUUAGGGUUCUCUCGUCUCUUCAGUGAAAAAAGAAAAACCCCUUUUGCAGUUUUAAGUUUUGGAACAAACAUCAAAUGGAACAGCCAACCCUCCCCAAUGCUAACCCAUCAUCAAAAGAAAAGAACAAAGUUGCAAAGAAAAAGGGUCCAACCCCACAGGAACUCAUAUCCCACUACCAGUCGAAAGGACUAGACUCACAAGAAGCCUCUGUCAAGGUGAUUGAAGAUCUCCAGAACCUCCUGUUUAGGGUUGUCUCCGCUAACAACAAGAACAAGAAGGACAAGCUGACCGCCGAGACCUUAAGAAAAGUAGAUGUGGUCCAAAACAGAGUGGGUAUUCUUGAUAUGAAGAUCGACUCAAAGCCUGGCUAUUUUGAAACUUUUGCUAUUGGGGUUGCUUCUGGUGCUGCUUUCAGAGGCUUUGAAACUGUGUGGCCUCAUGUUCUUGGCGGUGUUUCUCAGAUUUGGACUGCUGUUACUACUGCUACUAAACCUCCUCCAUCUUCUUGAUUGAACUUUCACUGUAUUUUGCAUAUAGAGAAUUCUUGAUUGUUGAAUUUUUCUUUAUGCUUCCAUGAGCGCUGUUCAGUCACAUUUAGUUUUCGUUUUUUUUUUUUGUCUUAUUUCCAAGCUUUUUAUGAGCUCAGUGGGGAACAAAAGUUACAUUUCGUUUUCCUUAUUAAUGGAUGCUCCAAUUCUUCUUUUUCUGUGA